AUGAGUCGGACGUCACUUCCGCUAACCUGGCGGCGCUGGGUCUGUGUGGGGUUUAGGUUGCAGGCAGUCAGUGGGGCGGACUCUCCGCCCUCCCGGUCAGAUCCUUCCCCCGGAACAUUGCUCCCGCCGCGGUCUCUUCGCAUGCUGUGGGUGUAGAGGAAGAUGAGUGGCAGAGGACCCUGACCAGGGGCAAGCACACGGACGGCACCAGCUGGAUCAGCCAACACGUCGAGGUGUCCGUAGAUGUUCAAGAAGGUCAGGCGGUAUCGAUGGAAAUCCUCUACCCGUCCUGCUGAGUUCCCCCAGCAUUUUGUGUGUCUCCCGUGGAUUUCCAGCAUCUGCAGAUUUUUUCCUGUUUGUGUUUGUAGGGGUUGCCGACUGGCGCAUUCCAGCUGCCGAGGGAUCCACUGACUAUUGCUGUAAGGGCUCGGUGUAGGGUUCUAACACUACUGGUCAGGGAGGGGCCGGGUUGAGUGAGGAACCCCCUCAAUUACAGUAGUACCCUCAACACCCCAGAGGGCUUCAUGAGUGGCAACGUUGCUAUUGGGUUAAAGACAUUUAAUUCAACAUUACUUUACGCAUCGUCUAUGAAUUUCCCGGGCAGUGCGGACACCUUCCUGACCAUCAGCGACUCCAGCCACCCCUUCCUGAGUGGGGCGGAGACCUUCCACACACCCAGCCUCGGGGAUGAGGAGUUUGAGAUUCCCCCCAUCUCUCUGCCCCUGGAAGCAGACGCUGAUGUGGCCUGCCACUUCGACCUCAGUGACCCAGCCAGCACACAGGACAAUGGCUUCUCCACCCAGUUCACCUCUGCGCCCCUCGAGCUGUCGCUGCCCCUCUCCCAGGGAGUGAUGGAGCCGGGAACCAGUCUGGUGGGCAGCCUGAGUGUGGACCUGGGGCAGCCGGUGGGAACUCAGUUUGCGGGUUCACCCCUGACGACCGCCGUGUCAGCGGGACCCCACGCCUCGCUGACCACCAUCGACCAGUCGGAGCUGAGCACCCAGCUGGGGCUGGGCCUGGGGGCCAGUGAGAUCCUGGGCCCCCAGGCCGCCACCGGGGACAGGAACUCGCCCCCGCCCUCCCCGGCCAGCUCCACCCACGAGGAGGAGGGCGACGACUUCCGCAGGGGCCUGGCGGAGAGGCCCCCUCCAGCGGAGGGGCCGCGCAAGGGGAAGGGCUCGAAGCGGCGCAGGAAGAAGGACCCCAACGAGCCCCAGAAGCCGGUCUCGGCCUACGCCCUCUUCUUCCGCGACACGCAGGCCGCUAUCAAAGGGCAGAACCCCAACGCCACCUUCGGGGAGGUCUCCAAGAUCGUUGCCUCCAUGUGGGACAGCCUGGGCGAGGAGCAGAAACAGAUCUACAAACGGAAAACCGAGGCGGCAAAGAAGGAAUAUCUCAAGGCACUGGCUUCGUACAGGGCUGGGCUGGAGACGAAGACCGCCGUGGACUCCGGCGAGGGGGAGACACAGGCGCCAGCUGAGGAGCCGACGAGCGUUGCCGCCUCGCUGCUGGUUCCCUCACCCUCGCCCUCCCUGAGCCGCCCCCCGUCGGUCACCACACGCCAGAUGACGCAGGGGCUUGUAACGGUGCUGGCUCCCACCCCGCAGCUGCUACAGCUGCAGAUCCCCGCCACCCGCGCCCAGCGCCUGCAGGCGCCCCCGCCCCUCCAGCCCAUGCCCCCGCCCCCCCUGCAGGCCAUCUCCCAGCCCCGGCCGCCCCCCCUCCAGGCCGCGGCCCAGCCCCGGCUCAGGCCGGGCCUGACUGCCGCCCCCCCGCCGCCCCCUCCCCUCCAGGUGCAGAUCAUCCAGCUGCAGCCCCUGGCCCCUGCCCCCACCGUCACCAUCUCCGCACCCCCGGCCCCGGUCCCGUCUCCGCUGCCAGCCCAGCGCGCGGCCGAGGGGGUGACCCUCCUGACCGUCCCCACCGCCAGCACGCCGGCUGAGCCCCAGGUGGAGAACCGCGGGCAGCCGUCGGUGGAGUUGGUGACCAACUCCCCCUCGCCAGUGAGGGAGCCGACUCCAGGGCCGGGGGUGUGUGUGCGUAGGGGCUGCAACAACAGCCCCGUGCCCAGCCCUGACUGGGACAACGAGUACUGCAGCAGCCAGUGUGUGGUGCAGCACUGCAGGGAUGUGUUCAUGGCCUGGGUGUCUGCUCGGAACCAGAGCCCGGUGACCUCGGUGAAGUAGAGGAUGGGGGUCGUGACUCAAGGACUCCACGGACUGGGAAGGAAGCCCCACACAGGGAUCGGCAAUCCCAGACAGCGUCGCGUGCGGAUGGGGACGGAUCUGGGAGCGUGGCACGGGAUCGGAAAGGAGAAGGGGCACCAGGAGACGAGGAUAGGAUCGCUCCCUGAGGUGACUGGAUUCUUGGUGUCUCCUCACGGCCUGCCUUCCUUGAAUGAUCCCAAUAAACAUGUUGCCCACA